GUCGUGCUUUGCGGGGCCCUUGGCACUGACGUGGCCGCCGGGAGCCGCCAUCUUGUGCGCAGUGAGGGAGGCUGUGAGGGAGGCGGAAGGCGAAGGCCAGAAGCAGGUGAGGCACCCGGCGGGACCGGAGAGGACGACGACGGAGGAGACUCCCCGCAGCCAGGCACCCCCGCUACGUCGCCCGAUUUUCUUGGCCAGUGGGUGAACGACAUCCUCAAACAUGGGAAAUAUUUUUGCCAACCUUUUCAAAGGCCUCUUCGGCAAAAAAGAAAUGCGUAUACUUAUGGUCGGACUGGAUGCCGCAGGAAAAACUACCAUAUUGUACAAGCUUAAACUCGGGGAAAUAGUAACUACCAUCCCUACUAUAGGUUUUAAUGUAGAAACAGUAGAAUACAAGAAUAUUAGCUUCACGGUGUGGGAUGUCGGCGGACAGGAUAAGAUCAGACCACUCUGGCGCCAUUAUUUCCAAAAUACACAAGGCUUGAUCUUUGUGGUCGAUAGCAACGACAGAGAGCGAGUCAACGAAGCCAGAGAAGAGCUUAUGAGGAUGUUGGCGGAAGACGAGCUCAGAGAUGCUGUCCUUUUAGUGUUCGCUAACAAACAGGACCUGCCGAACGCCAUGAAUGCUGCAGAAAUCACAGACAAACUAGGAUUGCAUUCUCUCCGCCACAGAAACUGGUACAUCCAGGCCACCUGUGCCACCAGUGGGGACGGUCUCUAUGAAGGACUGGACUGGUUGUCCAAUCAGCUCCGAAACCAGAAAUGAAGCCCUGAAUUAAUCCUUUUUUCUCCCCCCAUCUCCCUUCCCUUCCUCUCCCCCCUCUCCCUCUCCCUCCUCUUCCUCCUCGCUUUACUCUAAUGUGGCAAACCAUGCUACUUUGUAGUAAUGAGUGCCGGAAACUGUUUUCAUCAUCUCUUCUCGUCCACAGGAUUGUCCACCACUACCACCACGCUGUACAUGUGGCAAAACUACGCCCGAAAAGGAAAAAAAAAACAGUUUUAGCUUUUUAUUUUCUUAUUUAAUGUAAAUAGUUCUUGUUUUUCCCACGAGGCAGUUUCUGGUACUCCUAUGCAAUAUUAUUCGGCUCUUUUUAAAGUGAUAAAAAGGUUUUUAAAAAGAAACCCCACCCAACAACUUUGAGUGGAUUCAGGAAAAAAAAAAUGGUUGCCAGGAAUCUGGUUUUGUUUGUGUCGUGUGUGCGUGUGCGGGCUAGAUCCAAACAAGAUCCCUCUGGCCUUGCAGAUCUGGUCUGAGGCCUGAUUUCUGGAGCCCUGUUCUUAAGCCUGGGGACGAGUUUCUUUUCAGAAGACGAGGCUGGUGGGAAGGAGGGCGGAAGGACUUGAAUCCAGGACCCUUUGCAGUUUCUGCAACGACGUGAAGAGAAUAGCCACAAGUUCCCCUUGUUCCAGGUCAUAAAAUUAGCCUCAGUCUCCUUCAAGCUCUUGGCCUUUCCCAAGAAUUAGAGCCAACUCAGUGGAGAUUGCAGAUUAACGAGAAAUUGGGACAACCCCCCACUGCCCCGUACUCUUUUAACUGCCCCUUAGAUUUGGAUUUUUUUUUAAAAAAAAUAUUUUUUACCCUCCAACCUACAAGUGCCAUCUUCAUCUUCCCCUCAUCUUUGCUUGGGGAGCUCAUAGCUCCUUCGAAUGAAUUCCUUGAAUUUCUCCAGCCUAGAAUGAUUUCCAAAGACAGUCCUCUUGCACGAACGUCACAGCAGCAGCCACAAGUACUCUACUUAAAUAAGAAAUGUCACACGAGCUUUUCCGUUGUCGCAUCCGGGAAAGGGAGGGGUGGGUGGGAAUAUCGAAAACACAAAAGAGUUUGAUAAUCUGGCGCCUUCCAUUCUUAGAGACGUGUCUAGAUUCCCUUUUCGGAAGGCAAGAGAUGCCCUUUUUACAUUUCUCAUACUGCAAGGUUUGAGAUUUGCCAUCCCAGAUUUUAACUUUUAAUUUUUGUUUCGUUUUUUUUCUUUUUGUAUUUUGAUAAUAAAAAAAAAAAACACUGAAGAAGCUGGAGCUGUUGCGACUCGAGAAAAACACGAUCAGAACCGGUUUGUUUAGUGUUGUGGACAAGAAAAAAAAACUCUCUUGUUUCCUUUCAAUACAGUAAUCGACUGUUUUGUAUACUUGUUUUCAGUUAUCAUUUCAACAAACGAGCACUGUAAUUAAAGCUAUUAGAAUAAAAAUCUCUUAACUAUU